ACAUAGGGGAAAAAAAACAAACGAAAUCGUUCACUUCACAAGUUGUUUUUAUUCGUUCGUGGAAGUUACGAUCCGAACUUCCGGCCACAGUAAAAUGUCCAGCCUAGUGCGAAUGAGCAAUGCACCGUUGGUGCGCAAUCUAGUGAACCACUCGCUUCGCAGUGUGCGACUGAUUUCUUCGUCGCAGAAAAACCGCGAUGCUGCCACACUCGACAUCUCGAAGAAGGCGGCAGCUCCAAGCAGCAGUGCGACCGCAUCCUCCUCGGUCGGCGCCAGCCGCAACUGGGUGAGCUAUGGGUUUGAUCGGCAUGAUGAGGCGCACGACCGCAGCGUCACGAAUGCAUCGUUCUUCUUCACCGUCACACUGUGCCUUGUGCUUGGCACAGCCUACUGGGCGUACAUACCGGAUCCACAGCUGCAGGAUUGGGCUCAACGUGAAGCGUACCUGGAGCUGCGUCGCCGGGAAGCUGCCGGUUUGGAACCGAUCAGCAAGGACUUUAUCGACCCUGCUCAAAUUGUGCUCCCAUCGGACGAGGAGCUGGGCAACACCGAAAUCGUCAUCUAAGGGAAAUAGCAUGUAACACCGUGGUACCGUGGUCGGAGAUGAAACGCUGGAUUAUGUAAUGGUUCGUCCGACCAUAGUGGGAGCCGUAAAUUCGAUGAGGUUCUUGUCUCGUUUGUACAUAACAGCGAAGAAAACGAGAGGUGGAAAGAUUGUAGCAGUGUUUGGUGAAGAUUGCGAUGUAACAAAAUAACAAAUAAAUAGGGAAAAUCGUAUAAAAUGU